AUGAUUCCAAGGAUAGGAAACUCGGUUUUGCGCAGUGCACGCAGCCAACUAAAGUCACAUAGUGGCCCAACCUACGUCGCCUCCCUCUCGGCCUUUUCCCGAUUAUUAUCUUCCCUUGCGGUACUCGAACAGAAAGAUGGCAAACUCCUCCAAGGAGCGCUAGGAUCAGUGACUGCUGCACAGAAGUUGGGAGGAUCAAUCACUGGUUUUAUUGCGGGAAGCAAUAUCAAGGCCGUGGCAGAAGAAGCUGCCAAGGUGAAAGGAAUUGAAAAGAUUAUUGCCGUUGAUAAUGCAUCAUAUGAUAAAGGACUUCCGGAAAACUAUGCUCCAUUACUUGUCGAGAAUAUAAAGAAGGGAGGAUUCACACAUAUUUUGGCUGGUCACUCUGCAUUCGGAAAGAGCUUGAUGCCCCGCGUUGCCGCGUUACUCGAUGUUCAACAAAUCUCCGAUAUAACAGCAAUUGAAGAUGAAAAGACCUUUGUUCGACCCAUAUACGCAGGAAAUGCUAUAGCUACGGUCGAAUCUUCAGAUGACAUCAAGGUCAUUACAAUUAGAGGGACGGCAUUCGCAGCUGCUGAGACAGAAGGUGGUUCAGCAUCAAUUGAAGAUGGUGUGGACUCAAAUGCAGAGUGUGCUACGGAAUGGGUGUCGGAACAGCUGUCGAAAUCAGACCGACCCGACUUGGCCACUGCUGGGAAAGUAGUGUCGGGCGGACGAGGAUUGAAGUCCAAGGAGGAAUUCGACAGAGUGAUGUUGCCACUGGCGGAUGCAUUAGGAGCAGCGAUCGGAGCUUCCAGAGCAGCUGUUGACAGCGGUUAUGCAGACAACAGUCUGCAAGUCGGACAGACUGGAAAAAUUGUAGCACCACAACUAUACCUGUGUGCAGGUAUUUCGGGAGCAAUUCAACAUUUGGCAGGAAUGAAGGAUAGUAAAGUCAUUGCAGCCAUCAACAAAGAUGCCGAUGCACCAAUCUUUCAGGUAGCCGACGUUGGAUUAGUUGGGGAUCUGUUUGAUAAGGUGCCAGAGCUAACGGAAAAGCUGAAUAAGUAA